CUCAAUUUUUCUUUUGCCAUUAAAUCCACAAGUCCAACACUCCUCGCCGUCAUCCGCCCAGCAUGAUGUACAACCCCAUCACCACCACCAACUCCCCUGCCCUCUUAUCACUUUUCCUCGCUACUACCCUCCUCUCCCUCUUCACCUCUCCCACAUCCGCCCAACAAUUCUUCCACAUCUCCCCCUUCUACGCCCAAGACGGCUCCUGGAUCACAGACACGCCCGAGGACAUCGACCACAGCCUGACCUUCAACAUCUCCCGCCCUGGAGCAGCAGGAACUCAAGGCGGUAACGGAGAAGCAGAGUGUCGUUUUUCAUGGACAGGUUCAAUCCCUCCAUCCUGCUACCAAGCAUGCAGUCCAACCUCCCUCUCCACCACAGGCGGAGGCUCCCAAUUCUACGCCCGAGUCACACCGGGAUAUCAAAAUAUGAUAGCGAAAAACAUCUCCAUUGACAUUCUCCAAUCCUACUCUUACCGCAACUUCGUCCUCCAAAACGGCACAUUCUCUCUCCAAGAAGAAUCUCCCAAUGGAGAGAAUGCUAUUCCGGGAUGUUAUCGUUGUGAGCAGAGGUAUUAUCGGGGAUAUACGACGGAAGAAUGUAGUUUGAGAAAUGUUUCGGCUGGAGUGGAUGUUCCCGUGGAAGCUUUUGGGUAUGGGAUUUGGCCGGUGGGGAGUGUGGUGGAUGUUUGUGGGGAGUGAGAGGUGAUGAGAUGAGAUUGGGGGAGUUGGUGAGAGCAGAGGGGUGGGUUGAGGGGAUGGAUAGGUGGAUGGAUGGAUUGAUUGAUUGAUUGAUUGAUUGAUUGAGGGAUGGACGGAUGGAUUGAUUGAUCGAGUGAUAGGCAACGAAAUUUUUUCCAAAGAGGUAGCUAGCCGUGGGUUGAGCCCUCUCGGAUUAAGGUAGCUAUCAAGAGUGAAAAGUAGGUUAUAACUUAC